AUGACAGUCACCGAUCUUGACCUCUUCCCCAACGGCGGCUGGGACGUCCACCACCACAUUUUCGACCCUUCUAAAUUCGCCUACGCACCAGAUCGCCAUCUAACCCCACCCCCAGCCACAAUCGCCCAAUUCCUCGAAUUCAAAAAACGCGUCGGCAUCACGAAUUCCGUCCUCACGCAUGGCCUGUCCUACGGGGCUGACUGCACCUCACUCAAGUCGUUCGUCGCAGAGCUAUCCAAUAAAAAGGAAAGCAGCACGAAGGCAAUUGGAGUGAUUGACCCGGCCACAGUGACAGGCGAUGAGUUGAGAGAGAUGCACGACGCGGGGAUUCGAGGGAUAAGAGUCAAUCUGUACAAGUACAAAGCCUUUCACGAUGUGGAGUUACAGAAGACAGCGCUGCGUGAACAUGCGGCUGUGCUGAACAGGUAUUGUCCGGGGUGGAGUAUGGCGUUUACGCAUCCACAUUGUGAAUUCUGGGCUGAGUUGAAGCCGUUUCUGGAGGAGGUUCUUGUCUCUGGGGGUGUUAAGCUGGUGACUGAUCACUUUGCCCUGCUCAAGGGGGCGAGUAUGCUCCCCCCUGAAUGUGAGGGCGAUGUAUCGCGACAGACUGGCUUCAGGGAGAUUAUCGAAUUGGUCAAGGCAGGACGGCUAUAUGUCAAAGUGAGUGCCCCGUAUCGGGUGAGUACAUUGGCAGGUGGAUAUGAGGAUUUGAAGCUGCUCGUGAGGGCAUUCUUCAAUGCAAAUCCGAGACAGGUUCUGUGGGGGAGUGAUUGGCCACACACACCACACAUGAAAGUGCGAACCCACGAAGAGGCAAUCCGGGAGACUCCGUAUUUGAAAGUGGAUGAUCUAGCCUGGUUGAGGAGUUUGCGGUCGUGGUUGUCGGAUGAAGAGUGGAAUUUGCUGAUGGUUGAGAAUCCACGGGAUUUGUAUGAUUGGUGACUGUCAUGCAUCAUGUAUAGCUAGUGUCAAU